CAAAAAACAUAACCAAAAGAAAAACGAUUCUGUAGUUGAUUCUGUUGGUUGGUUCGAUGUGCAAACAUAUUUUUUUUGUUAGUUAAUGUUUAAAUUCUGUUAGUGUAACAUCAUCAUCAGAUCAUUAAGAUCUUAUUGAUCAGAAGAAUAACAUUACCAUCAUCGAAACAUUUGAAAAUAUUCAAAUUUUCUUUGUUUGUUUGUUUGUUUGUGUUCUGUUGUGUUAAAAAAGUGCCUGAUAACAACAACAACGACAACAACACAGCAAAGAUAAUUUGAUUGUUUGUCCGGUUUGUUUUGUUUUGUUUUGUUUGUUUGAAAAAACAUUUCAACAAAAAUGUUUGGCAAUAAAACUGAAGAUUCGGACAUUGAUAUUGAUCAACCAAUAUUUGCUCGACCUAAACAUGAUGGUCUUGAUGCAUUAUGUCAAAUGACACAUUAUAAUAAAAAAGAACUAAAACUAAUAUAUCAAGGAUUUAAACAAGAAUGUCCAAAUGGUUAUUGUUCGGAAGAAGAAUUUGUUAAUAUUUUUUCAAAAUAUUUUCCACAAGGAGACGCAACAAAAUAUGCACAUUUUGUAUUCAAUACAUUACGACCAAUGUGUGAUCCACAAUAUGGUUGCCUUGAUUUUGGUCAAUUUAUAAAAGCAUUAUCAACAUUAUCAAGAGGAACAUUAAAAGAAAAAUUAAACUGGAUUUUCAAUCUAUACGAUAUUGAUCGUGAUGGUUAUAUUAGUAAAAAUGAAAUGUAUCUUAUUACAAAUGCUAUCUAUGAACUAUUGGGCGAAUGUGCAAUACCAUUGAGCAAUAUUCGUGGUGCCAAAGAACAUGCAGAUUUAUUUUUUCAUAAAAUCGAUCUAGACAAAGAUGGGCUAAUAUCAUUCGAAGAAUUUGUUAAUUGGUGUAAAAAAGAUUCAAACAGACUGGCUGAAUUUCAAAAAUUCGAUACAGUCAUCUAGAUUCUUUCAUCUUUCAAUGUUUUUUUUUUUUGGUUCACUUUCAUUCCACAACGUAUCGAUAAUCAAUCAAUCAAUAUUGGUGGCAGUGGUGGUGUUUGAUUUUCACACACACAAAAUGUUCACACUUUGCACAAAGCAAAAAACUAAAACUAAAACACCCAUCAGCCAUCUAGUGUUUUCAAAUCGAAUCAAUUCUGUUUUUGCUCAUCAUCAUCAUCAUCAUCACUUGUUUACCA